CUCGGUGCCGCGGGCGGGUCCAGCCAUGGCCGAGGGCGUGGCGGCCUCCGCCUCGGGCGGCGCUGGCGGCUGGGGCCUGCACGGCGGCAUCAUCCAGUGGUUGGUUGACAACUUCUGCAUCUGCGAAGGGUGCAGUGUGCCUCACUGCCUCAUGUAUGAGAUGUAUGUGGAGACCUGUGGGCAAAAUGCUCAGAACCAAGUCAACCCAGCCACGUUUGGGAAGCUCGUGCACUUGGUUUUCCCUGAUCUUGGCACCCGGAGGCUGGGCACAAGAGGAAAUGCCAGGUAUCAUUACGACGGGAUCUGUAUCAAGAAAAGUUCUUUCUUCUAUGCCCGGUACUGCUACCUGCUGGGUGAAAAAAGAUAUCACAGUGGAGACGUCGUUGCCUUUGAAAAAUCUGCUAAUUAUAACAGCAUUCUCCAAGAAGAAGGAGCAGGUGCCAGUCGUUCGCCGAAUAAGACAGACCCAGUUGGAUCGCCUUUGUCUGAAUUCAGGAGAUGUCCAUUCUGGGAGCAGGAACUGGCAAAGAAGUACUCCUACAAAACAAUGGCCUUUCUUGCUGAUGAAUACUGCAACUAUUGUCAAGACAUUUUACAGAACGUGAGGAACCAAGAACUCAAGAGAGUGGAGGACUCACUCACGUCCUUCUGGAAAUCUCUGCAGCAGGACACAGUCAUGCUCAUGUCGUUGCCUGACGUGUGCCAGCUCCUUAAAUGCUACGACAGACAGCUGUACAAGGGAAUUGAGGACGUUCUCCUUCAUGACUUUUUGGAAGAUGUUUCUAUUCAGCAUCUGGAAUCUGUCCAGUCGUUUAGUAAGAAGUUUAAGCUGUGGCUCCUCACUGCUUUGGAAGGUUUUCCGGCCCUCUUACAGCUCUCCAAGCGCAGAGAAGUUACUGUGUUUGUCAAAAGACUAAGAAGAAAGACAUACCUUUCCAACAUGGCAAAGACCAUGAGAACGGUGCUGGAAAACAGCAGGAGAGCCAGCCUCCUGAAGUCGGAUCUGCACGCCAUCAUCCGUCAGGGCGCUUUGGAUAUUUCCGAGAAAGCCCUGAGGAGUAACCCGAGCGGCACUGGCGACCUGGAGGAGAACACAGAGAUGAAAUGUUUGAGCAGUUUAAUUUCUUUGCUGGGGACGUCAGCAGACCUCAGCGUAUUCCUGAAUUGUCUGUGUUCAAAUCUCCAAACAUCUGUCUUCCAGCCGAGCAGAAGCAAAGAGGAGUUGAUCAGAUUGGCCGCCAGCUUCCAGCUGAGAUGGAAUUUCCUCCUCACGGCCGUGAGCAAAGCUAUGACCCUCUGGCACAGAGACAGCUUCGGCUCCUGGCAUCUGUUUCAUUUGCUGCUUUUGGAAUAUGUGAUUCACAUACUUCAGUCGUGCAUCGAGGAGGACGAGGAGGGCGAUGACGUGGGAAAUCUCAAGGAGAUGCUACCAGACGACCAGCCUCUUGUCCCGCCAGACCAGGAACUCUCCCGCCCUCCAGACCCGUCCCCAGCUCAGGAGCGUAGAAGCCCGAGUGCGGAUCCCCCCCGGGUGACGCUGAGACACAAGAGCCACAGCCAGUGUGCCACGGAGGGGAGCAGCGUGGUCGUCAGGGUCCCGGGCUUCCUGGUGGACAUCGUCACGGGCGACAAGCUCAUCCAGGUAUUAUUGGAAGAUAAGGCCACUGAAAGCACCAUCAGACUCAACCUUCCUCUGGAACGAGAAACCCUCAUAACCCUGAAAGAUGGACAAAAAUUUGUGAUUCACGUAUCAGAUGUAUCCCAAAGCUCUGAGAAUAUUUAUUUUAGGGACAGUAAUGCUGACACCUAAGAUUAUUUAUUUG